CAAAAUCAUUGACUUAAUCAGGAAAACAAGGCGGUGUUUUAGAAGAUAGAGGUGGACGAGGUACACCAGGUAGAGGUAGUACUAAUUCUACUGGAGAACGAAUAGAUCUUGAAUAGGCUUUUUUAGAGUGGUCUGAUUUCAUUCUCAAUUAUAACAAGUGUUGUUGAGGAGCAUCGUAAUCACAAUUUUUCAAGUGUCUUAGCAGCUGCAACAGCAACAUCACUAUUCAUUCACUUUCACAUUCAAGGAAUUUUCUUAAUUUCAGUUCAGAAUCAAAAAAAUGACGGAAAGUGAUGGAAAGGGUGACUUCGGAGGGCGAACCCUCUACUGCGGUAACCUCGCAUGGAAGGUCGGUUGGCAAGAUCUUAAGGACUUCUUUGGAGAUAAGAUGGAGGUACUUAGAAAGACUUCUUUUUUAGAGAUGAUAGGACGGUGGAGGUAUAUUAACGUCGAAAACAGAGCCUUUACAGAGUCUGAUAAGGAAGUAGAAAUCAAUAAUUGAGUUAUUUCUAUAGUAUAAGCAACUCCAAAACUUUGACUUCAUUCGACUGUGAAAAUUCUCCAACAUCAUCAACAGCAACUGCCAGUCCAUCUCCUUUAUCACCUCCCUGAUCCCUCCCACAUCAAAAAAAUUACAACAAGGUCGAGCACGCGGAGGUCCUAACCUACAAAGACGGCAAGAAGACGGGCUCUGGUGUGGUUCGAUUUAAGAGACCCGAAGACGCUGAAAAAGCCAUGAAGGAGUUUCAAGACAAGCCAUUGAAAGGCAGAGAGGUCUUCCUCCGACCCGACGCUAAGGGAGGAAAGGGACCGGGAAGCGCGAGUAAAAGCACACAGUUGUUUAAGUAGAGACUAGUUCUCAUUCUCUUUCUGUUUCUCCUCUCAGAAUGGGAUAUUUGUUCAUCUACUACAACAAUUUCUCAUUCAAUUACUGGUGACUCUUCUUCUAUGUUCUCAAUUUUUUUUGAUUCAAUUUCAGACUAUACCACGUCUGCCUAUCUUCUCUCCUACCCACAACACAGGAAAGGGCCAAGGAAAAUACUUGUCAGAGGAAGCGGCUGCUUGCCAAUUGUUUGUCGGUAACCUCAGUUUUUCGACGAGCUGGCAAAACCUCAAGGAUUUUAUGGGAGAUGUCGGAGACGUAUUGAUGUUCGUGUUUUUUCUAUGACGUAACUAAUAAAUAUCUUACAGCUCUUAGGAGGUGCCAUUUUUUCACUGAAUGGCCUCAUACAUAGACACCUAUUGCUGCGUAUAUCUAUCAUAACACUACAGUACUACCUAAAAACAUCAGGUCGAGUACUGUGAUAUCCUCACUGACAAGGACGGAAGAAGUGCUGGCAGUGGUCUAGUACGAUUUAAGGAUCCGGAAGACGCCAAAAAGGCUAUUGCGGAAUUGCAAGAUGAGCUCUUAGAUGGCCGCAAAAUUAAGGGAGGUUUCGUAUUUUUAUAGAGUAAGUAAAAUAUCGGGUUUCGAGAAGUUCCUCGAGUUAUUAAAUAAUACAUCAUGAUUAUUCUCGACUUACGCUUUCCGAUAUGUAAAAAUAUGUAACUUUUUACAUGAAGAUCCACCUUGGUAUUUUCUCCAUUUUUCAAGGCUGCACUGACAGUAACAUCUUCCUUGGCCUUUUGCUGUUCUGAAGAAUGUAAGUAGAAAUAUUUGCGCAACCUCUAACAAGGUCUUUGUCAGAGAGGACAGAGACGGCCGAAGAAUCGAAGGCAAGAGCAGCAAGGGCAAGGGAAAGGGGAAAGAUGCGAAGGGAAAAGGCAAGACCUCAAAGGGAAGCAAGGCGAGUAGAGAAGACGAAGUUGCGGUAAUUUAAAUAAACUUUAUCAUUUUUGUACUAUGUGUUGAAACAACAUUUUGACUACGGGAGUUAUAGUUAAACUUGUAUUAACCUAGUACGGCUACAACGAACAUUCAGAUUCACUCACUACUAUAAAUUUAAGGGUAGGAUAAAGGUGCUUUUGUUCCCGCUUUUUAUGCCUUUCCUGGGUGAGAAAGGCAGAAAAAGCGGGGUCCACGGGCACCAAGACCCUACCUCUAAUAAAUCUCCUUGUUCUGCUUCUCUGACUUGGAGCUAGACAACUCUUACAAAAGUGUUCUUCUUCUAAAAAUUCUUCUAGUCAAUAUCAAACAAGCAAACCUCAUCUCGUCAGAUGUACGUCCCGGGCCUCGGCAGUGGCACGUCGUGGAAGGAUGUCAAAGACGCUUUUUCCGAGUUCAAACCAGUCCACACUGAAACGAAAAUGAUGGGAGGAUCUCUGUAUUGAUGUUCUUAUACUUUUUACUUAGUCUACUCAGUACAAGUACCUCUUGCUGUUUGAUCUUUUCAUUUUGGUGCGUAGCUGUUGAUUCACUCUCAACAUUUUGAUUCUUGUAAAUGAAUGAUAAUUUGAAGUGUGGUUACAGUUACUCCUCCACAAUACAGAUGCGGAAUCGUGAAAUUUUCAAUAAAUAUAUAGGUGCGGAAUCGUGAAAUUUUCGGAUGACAAAAUGGCAGAGAAGGCAUAUGAGGGUAUGUGGCAUGUGGAGUGUUUGGGUGUCAAAAAAAUCGAGCCGACAUGGGACAAGCCGGAAUGAGCUGAUAUGGGAUAAACCGGAUAUGGGAUAAACCGGACUUAAGUGAGAGGUCUUGCUUUUGUGCUCGGACGAUUGACAGAUGAUAGCUAAUACUAGUUUUGUGCUCGGACCUGCUUUGGCUUAUUUUAGUUGCGGCUUUAAAGUUGAAAUGUGGAGCUCGAUGAAGUUGUCGCAGGAGCAGGACUAGGUAGCUAGCUGAUGAAGAUGUCCUCAGCGGAGGAAAAAUACAAGUUAUAGAUACUGAUACAUACUACAACUCCUACUCGGAAUCCCUAGAAAAAUGUGUUACAAAUACAACUGAUACGAUACUGAAAGAACUGCUACGACUGUAUCCAUAAUCACUCAAGAGAUGUCGUUGUAUACCGUCAACUCCUUUGAAUUUUCGUCAUGAUUCUCACACUCCUAUUAACUACAUUCAAGGUAACUACAAGACUCUGACGACCUACAUGUAGUAGCGUCUGUACAUUUUUUUCUUUGUUGGCCAACAUGAUCAUAAUCAUGUUUCAUGAUCCUCUUGUUUGAUAUCGAUAUGGACGAAGAGGACGAACUCCAAGAACUCGCUACUAAAACUAAAUACUUCCAGUUGAUAUGCAGAAGCAACCUCUUCUAUUUCUAGGAUUGGGGAGAAACCUGUUGUACUCCCAAUGGCUGUAACAUGAAGAAGCUUUAUGACGAAUUUCUGUCAUGCGGGUUGAUGCUCCAGUGUAGUGACUCUAUUGUAUACUUACCCAAAAACAAGCAUCUCCAGUAACAAGAUAUGGUACUCGUUGUAUCCAAGAAACCCAAUCUCAUCGUCUACUCAGCAUAUUCUACUUCUAAUUCUAGCUGUAGCUGUAGUGUUAAGUAAUAUUAACAAUGUACUUCUCUUCUUGACCAUCAUGAUGAUUUUAUUUACUCCUGAUAAGUCCUGGACUAUCCUCAAAUUUCUUGAAAAAACAGCUAAUCAUUUGAUUUUCAUCAGAAGCAAUGCCAAGCAUGUAUCGACAUAUUCUUCACGGCACGAGCAACAUGAAUACGAUUUCCUCACACGCGCGUGAGGAAGCAAGAUGAGAACGCCAUGACUCUAGAAAGGCAUUCUCAGCAUGUGAAAGCAGAAUUUGAAAAAGUGCCUUUUCAUUUUUACUAUACCCAGAGUUCUUCAUCUUGGGUAAGCGCCGUAAGUGGUACAACUACAACUACAACUAAGAAAGGUGAGGCGCCUCAUCAAGAU